AUGAUCAGGGCGAUUCAACAAGUAAAAGAGAAUGUUACAGAUCCAGUGAAAUUGAAAGAGAUUAUUGAACAAACAAGUAUAGAUUUUCAAAUCAUCGAAGAUACAAGAUUCAAUUUUGACCGAUUCGACGACGACAAAAGCUCCAAAACCGUGAAAAGCUCGGAAAGCGAUUCAAGAUUCAAUCAUGUGUUGGUGACACAAGACACUGGGUCUUCUUUAGUACUCGGUCCCACAAGCGUGUACGGCGACAUGUUCACAGCUAAAAAUGAGCCCAUGGAUAACCCGAUUAUGCCCACCAGUCAAAGUCUUUUACCGACACAGCUUGAAGACUUGGAAAAUUUCAGACUGAAGUAUGGCCAUCAAGGAUUCAGUUUGUUUUACUUCAAACCCAAGAGUAAACUGAAAUAUUUGCCGAUCGUCACUGAAUGCAUAUCUCUAUUUUUCAAAUGGAUAUACUCAUGCUCGUUCUUCUUCAUCCACAGAGAAUCUUUCCUUUAUUUUUUUCUCAACAACGAAUCAGAUUCCGAGUUUGUUUCGCCAGAACUAAUUAAUGCGAUCUGCGCUCUGGGUGCCAAGUUUUCACGCAAGGAAACCAUAAGAUCACAAGCAGACUCAUUUUAUCAUCUUGCAAAGUCAGGAAUAUUCGAGAACGGUGACAACUGCUUCAUUCAUGAAUCACAAAUUUCGAAGUUGCAGACAUUGCUCUGUCUGGCGAUGUACGAUUUAGGGAAAGGUGAUUUCACUAGCUGCUGGCUUCUAUCUGGAUUGGCCUUUCGGAUGGGUUUCGAGCUUGGAUUCGAGCUUGAUCCAAAACAUUGGAAUGUUUCGGUGACAAACAAGCCCGCGAUGUACAAUAAAGAGAAGCUUUCAAACAAAACGGUAGCACGACAAGAAUUGUAUGACAGCUACCCUUUUGACAUUCAACAAGUUAGAAGCCGCAUAUUCUGGGGCUCUUUUGUGGUGGAUAGAUUCAUAUGUCUAGUGAUGGGUCGCCCAUCAACUCUCAAACUCGGUGACACCUCAAUCCCCGAUUCACAGGAUAUAGGUGAUCUGACACAUAUCGAAAACUUUAUUUAUUAUGAUACGAAGUCGGACAAACAAUACGUGUGCAGAGGAUUUCAUUGUUUAAAGGCUUGCAUCUCUCUAUACCAAAUCUCUGAUGAAGUUUCCAAUAGUCUCUUACGACCAGCUUCAGAGCUCGGAAAAUUAGCAAGAUUGGACGUGCUUUCCGAAUGCAACCUGAAGCUAUUACGAUGGAAGCAACAUCUCGGAACUGGAAUGUAUUGGAACAAAAGCAUACUUAAAUCAACUGCCCACAAUGAGCUUUGCAUGAGCCACAGAUAUACCUACUUUAUUAUCGUUCUUUCUCUCAACAGGCCGUUUAUAUCUGCUGCUAUGCUCAAAAAUUCCACCAGCAUUGAUAUCAGCUCUUCCCUUUCCAUAUGCGACGAUAUCAUAGACGAUUUGUUAAUUGUGAUCACAGUUCUUCUUACUCAAAAAGCCAAGGAUGGAGUUUUUAUGCCUCAUAUUCUAUCGGUCUACUCAGCUAUUCUGGCAAUAAGUUGCUCAUUUUGGGUAUAUCAGUUUACCCCGGAUUCCGACCAAAAGAAGAAAAUUAAAUCUCGGAUUCGUAAAUGUGUCAAUUUCCUUACAGAGUGCAGUCAUAUCUGGUCAUUAGCCUCCAAACCCGCAAUAAUUUUCAAGAAACGAUUAGACGAGUUAAAAGACGGUAUCAUUUCUACUCAUCCUCAAGACAAAAAAACCAUGGAAAAAUCGGACCUCAGUACCAAUUUUAAUACUGAGACUACUCAAAAUAAUAAUGAAAAUCCAAAAGAAACGCAGACUCCUGUAUGGACUGGAGAAGAGCACAGAGUACAUGGAAGGGAUACACCAAAUGGAACAUUCAGACCACCAUCCCCAUAUCAUGAUACACUCAGUCCAGAGUUUGACCAAAUUUUCGACUCACUGUUGAAUCAAUCUGGACUGCAUCCGUUUCUCUUGCGUUCGGAUCUUUCUGAUGCAUCAUGGGAUAUGGCAUUCUACGAGAAAUAUUACUCUAUGAAUCAUGAUUUUCAAAAUUCAUGA